CUUUGAAUUCUGUUUGUAUUGGUUGAUUUCGAUUUUUAGCCUGGCAUCAGUCAGAGAUACCCGUCUUCUUCUUUGCUUUCUAUUCUUUUAUAUUUUCCCUCUAGCAGAUGUAUCUCUUUUCUAGCACUUGUAUAUUUAGCAGUGGUACCGCUGCAGGCGCACAAGCAGCAGCAAUGUUAGCAUCAUAUCGGCGUCGCUACAAUCAGAUUUCAUUUUUCAUGGAACCGAGAUGCUAUUCUGAAUUAUCUUUCAUCCUUUUUUACUACUCUGCUUUUGCUCUGUUGGCGUGCGAAGGGAAGAGAGAAGAGAGGGAGAAGAAACGUUCUUGUGUUAUCCGAGCUAUUCACAAUCGCCGUGUUGUAUAUUUUUAGCUUAUAGUAUGUAGGUACAUAUCAUAGUGAAAUGGAAAAGCAUUUACACAA